AUGCCUCACUCUACGAACUUCCCUGUGCAACAUGUCUCUAUUAUCGGCUGCGGCUCGAUCGGCGCAUCGUGGGCAGCACUAUUCCUUGCUCAAGGCUUGACUGUCACAGCGUUCGACAUCAACGCGGCUGCCGAGGCCAGUCUUCGAAAACUUGUGUCCAACGCGCUUCCUGUGCUAAAGUCGCUGGGUCUGCAGAAAAGCCCCUUUGCGUCAGUCGAGAGCAUCGUGUUCACAACGAAUCUGGGGGAUGCGCUGCAACAUGCAGACUUUGUACAAGAGAACGGACCAGAAAGACUGGAGCUCAAACAGAAGAUGUUCGAAGAGAUGGCCAGCCUGGUCAGGCGCGAUGUAAUUCUCGCGACGUCUUCCAGUGGGCUGACCUGCAGCUCGAUACAGGCUGGCAUGUCAGUUUCGUCCAAUCCUGAGAGGGUCGUCGUGGGUCACCCAUUCAAUCCCCCGCAUCUGAUCCCCCUCGUCGAAGUUGUGGGGGGCCAGCAGACGUCAGACGACACCAUCCAAAGAACCAUGGCAUUCUACAACACUAUGGGAAAGAAAGCAGUACACGUUAAAAAGGAAGUCGUUGGCCACAUCGCCAACCGCCUCCAGGCAGCUUUGAUGCGCGAAAUGUUGUACAUGCUGCAGAGCGACACAUGCAGCAUCUCAGACAUCGACGACGCGAUGGCAUACGGGCCAGGGCUACGAUGGGGCAUUAUGGGACCAAACAUGCUGUUCCACCUCGCUGGCGGGGAGCAGGGCGCGCAGCACAUGGCAGAUCAUCUGCUCGAGCCAGUGACGACGUGGUGGGCGCAAGAAGAUCCAGUGCUCGACGAUGCGUUGAAGAGAAAGUGGGUGCAGAGCACCAUGGACGCCGUCGGGGACAGGAAGUUCGAUGACCUAGUCACACAGAGAGAUAGUGAGCUGGUGCGGCUACUGAACCUGAGGAAGGAGUGGGACACGUAUGCAGAGAAAGAGAACAAGCGGCCGCUGGAAUAG